AUGGCUUUGAAGGUAUUGCAAGAUAACACAUCAAAGUCAAUGAAGUGUACUCUUGAAUGGAAUGGUGAAUAUGGUUUUGAGGUUAAGAACAGCUGGGGUAAUAAAUUCAUAGUAAAUUUGAACACCAAGACUUGCACUUGUAGAUCUUGGAUGCUGAAAGGUAUUCCCUACUGUCAUGCCAUAGCUGCACUUCAUUUCAAAAAAUUGGAACCUAUUGACUAUGUAGCACAUUGGUACACUAAGGACACUUACCUCAAAACCUACAACUCAUUCAUUCAACCUGUUACUAAUAUGACAAUGUGGCCAAAGUCAACCAAUCCUCCUGUCCUCCCACCUGAGAUUAAAAAGCUGCCAGGGAAACAGAGGGAUAGGGAGACACCAGGCCAUCAGGCAGGAUACAACAUUUUGGAGAAUUAG